AUGACAAGGAUUGGACACUUUUGGGGAGACCCAAGGGCUCAGGUCCAUCGCAAUCCUACUCCUCCUCCUCGACCGGAAACACCGGCUCGACAAGAGGAGAUGACGAAUGAUAUUGUCGAACAGGAAUAUCAGGAAUUCGAACAAAUCCCAAGGGUGGCACGAAGGCCCACCGUGGUAAUGGUUAACCGUAACCAGGAUCCUGACCAGGUGGUUCAACAAGUUCGACACGAUGCAGCCAUGGGGGAACAAAACCAAGAGGCUAUCCUCGAACAGAUCAUAGUGCAAAAUGGAGUAAGCCCUUGCCUACAACGGCCGACUUACUCUUCACCUCUACCAGAUUUUGUCCUACAGACAGAAUUGCCAUGGGGGUGGAAAGUCCUGAAAUUUGCCAAGUUCGUUGGGGAUACUGAAGAAUCCAUCGUCGAACACGUGGCCAUGUACCAGAACGAGGUUGGCGACAUAGUGAACAAUGAGGACUUGAACUUAAAAUACUUCCCAAGUUCUCUUACAAAAACCCUCAAAGAACUAGAUAGCGUUAAGCGAACGGUUGCUGAGUCAGUUGAUCAAUAUCUAAACAGGUUUAGACUGCUGAAGGCACGAUGCUUUACUCAAGUCCCUAAACACGAACUAGUCGACAUAGCGGCUGAGAGUCUAGAUUAUUCUAUAAGGAAAAAGAUGGAUACUCAGUAUGUUAGAGAUAUGGCCCAAUUGGCUAAUAGGGUUUGA